CCUCCUCCUCGGCUCUGACCUUCCUCCUUCCCGCAGCCCCGGGCGAGGUCCGGAGGGACGCGGUGGCGCAGCCUCUUUUGCCCCCCGGGAAGUCGACCGGGCUUGAGGCCGGGUCCCCCAGACGCCCGCUUGGCCCCGCGGCGCCGCCGAUGGUGCCGGGCGCGCCUGCCCCCAGGUCCAUAAGCCACUGACGAGCCUCCCUGCUACCCCAGCACGUGAGCAGCCCGCGUGCUGACCGCCACUGCCCACCUGUCCGCCGCAGCACUGCCGCACCAUGUCUGGCUCUUACGACGAGGCCUCGCUAGCUCCAGAGGAGACCACUGACAGCUUCUGGGAGGUGGGGAACUACAAGCGGACGGUGAAGCGCAUCGAUGACGGGCACCGGCUGUGCAACGACCUGAUGAGCUGCGUGCAGGAGCGCGCCAAGAUCGAGAAAGCCUACGCACAGCAGCUCACCGACUGGGCCAAGCGCUGGCGCCAGCUCCUCGAGAAAGGCCCACAGUAUGGCAGCUUGGAGCGGGCCUGGGGUGCCAUAAUGACGGAGGCCGACAAGGUGAGCGAGCUGCACCAGGAGGUGAAGAACAGCCUGCUGAACGAGGACCUGGAGAAGGUCAAGAACUGGCAGAAGGAUGCCUACCACAAGCAGAUCAUGGGCGGCUUCAAGGAGACCAAGGAGGCUGAGGACGGCUUCCGCAAGGCCCAGAAGCCCUGGGCCAAGAAGAUGAAGGAGCUAGAGGCAGCCAAGAAGGCCUACCAUCUGGCCUGCAAAGAGGAGAAGCUGGCCGUGACCCGGGAGAUGAACAGCAAGACGGAGCAGUCAGUCACCCCCGAGCAGCAGAAGAAGCUGCAGGACAAAGUGGACAAGUGCAAGCAGGAUGUGCAGAAGACGCAGGAGAAGUAUGAGAAGGUGCUGGACGACGUGGGCAAGACCACGCCGCAGUACAUGGAGGGCAUGGAGCAAGUGUUUGAGCAGUGCCAGCAGUUCGAGGAAAAGCGGCUGGUCUUCCUCAAGGAGGUGCUGCUGGACAUCAAACGUCAUCUCAACCUGGCCGAGAGCAGCAGCUACGUCCAAGUGUAUCGGGAGCUGGAGCAGGCCAUCCGGGGGGCUGAUGCCCAGGAUGACCUCAGAUGGUUCCGCAGCACCAGCGGCCCUGGCAUGCCCAUGAACUGGCCCCAGUUUGAGGAGUGGAACCCAGACCUCCCUCACACCGCCGCCAAGAAGGAAAAACAGCCUAAGAAGGCAGAGGGGGCAGCGCUGACCAAUGCUGCUGGCGUGGUGGAGUCCACGUCUCAGGCUGGGGACCGUGGCAGUGUUAGCAGCUACGACAGGGGCCAGACUUACGCCACCGAGUGGUCGGACGAUGAGAGCGGGAACCCGUUUGGGGGCAAUGAGGCCAACGGAGGCUCCAACCCCUUCGACGAGGAUGCCAAGGGAGUGCGUGUGCGGGCGCUCUACGACUACGAUGGCCAGGAGCAGGACGAGCUCAGCUUCAAGGCCGGAGACGAGCUCACCAAGCUGGGCGAGGAGGACGAGCAGGGUUGGUGCCGCGGGCGGCUGGACAGCGGGCAGCUGGGCCUCUACCCUGCCAACUACGUGGAGGCCGUCUAGCGGCCCUGCCCCCCAGCUCCUCACCCGCCGCCCCCCUCCCUGCAGCCUCCCGCCCCCGCACCCGCUCCCCGCCAUAGAGUUCCAGACAUAUUUUCCGAUCAAGCUUUUAUUUUUUUAAAAGUCAAAACAGAACAAAACAAAAAAUAUAAAGAGACGGAGCAUUUGCAGGGUCGCCUGGAGGCCAGGGUGGCGGGACUUGGGGUGAUGGCCCCAGGGCAGGUGAGGGUUUAGGACUUAGCCCGACAGCGACGUCAUCACAUCUGCUCUUCAGAUCCCACCAAAGAGUCUCCUGCGCCCGGAGGGGUGUCUCCUGGACCCUUCCAUCCUCGGUGCCCCCACCCCCACCCCAGGCUGCCAGCGCCUGCUGCCGGUCUCCCGGCCUGGUUUUCUUGCCCUCUGUCUCCUGCUCCACCCUGCUCCCCUCCCACCACCUACUCUCAGAGGCCCCCUCUGAAGACCCCCAAGAAGGGGGCCACCCCUUUAGUCUUCCACUCUGCCUGGGGGAGUACUCUUCUCCUAGCCUCGUCCCUGAGGACUGGUAGGGCCGGAGGAGGGAUGGUCACCCUUGUCUUCUCCCACAGAGGUUUCCGGGGUCCCUAGACUCCUCAAGACAAGAAGAGGGGUUAGCUGGAGUUGCGGACAGUGUCACUGGUGUAGGAGGAGGGGUGAAUAGGAUUGGGGUCAGGGGAGGGGCUAGGACCCCACUGGGGCCCUUUUCCAGCUGUCAACAGGUUGGGCCCAAUCUCUUCCUCAGAGCCAGACACCCACCCCAGUCACUAGCAGAGGCCCCAUACCGCUCUCAGGCAGCGGGGAGGGGGCCCCAAAGCCCAGGGCAAAGCCAGCAACAGUAGCAGCCUCCUCCUGUUUCCUGGGGAGGAGGGCAUCUUGCCCGCCCUCCCCCCCCCCCCCCCCACCCCUCUCUCUCUCUCUCUCUCUCUCUCUCUCUCCCCUCUCCCUCCAAGUCCGCUGAAAACUGUUAGAUCCACCAGGCUAAACCGGCCUAGCCUCCUUCCUCCUCCGUGCCCCUGCUCUGGCCUGCCCAGGGAGACCCGUGGAGGACCAGGCGGGGAAAGCCUGCGGCCGGCGGGGAGGGCCUGGGUCUGCGGGGGCCCUGGCCUCCGGAGCAGCACUGUCAUGGGGUCUUUCUCCCUCAUCCAUCCCCCAACUCCAGCCCUGGCCCCUCGCAGCCCCUCCCGCUGGCGGCCCCCAUCUCUGCAAGCCUGGGUCUCAGUGAGAGGACUCCCGUGGGCAGGAGGGGGCCGGAUGUCUUCCGAGAGCUGCAGUGUCUCCUGAGGUGGGUGAAAGGAGGCCGUGCUGGACUACCGGGUGUUCGUACCAGGUCCCAACCAGCCUCGCCCAUAGAAUGGGAAGCCGCCCCAGGCAGGCCAGGACCCCCAGGCGGGGGAACGACGGGAAGCGGAGUCUCUGAGGCCCUGAGACUUCCUGCAGCAGCAGGUGAGGUCGCUGCUCACGGCUGAUGCUCCCGCUGAGCCUGGGGCCUGUGGACACCCGGCGUGCUCUGCCCUGGUGGCGCUUGGCCGCCCCGGCCUCCAGGUAACGAAAGCGCGAUCCCCAGCCCCUCUGCCACCCUUGGUCUUCUUUUGCUCCCUGCUGCGUUUGCCCAGAGCCCACUCAGGAGCUCCCAGACCCCAGCCUCCAGGCCCUGUACCUAGUCCUGUGGGCACAGAGGACCCUGGCAGAGGCGCUGGGGCGGGCCUCCCUCGGGGCCAGGGGACUUGGGGGUUUGAGGACCCCAGGGCCCUGCAGACCUUCCCCUUCCAGCACCCCGUUCUCGUCCCUGUCUGCUGCAGCCUGAGGUGUGACCCAGGCCCCUGAGAGCCUGAAGCAGGAUUCCAGAAGCCCUCAGGCCUCCAAACCCCCCAACUGAAGCCUCUUCAGCUUCUCCCCCAGGCAGGAAUUGGGGUAGGGGGCCUCUGUCCUCGAAAGGCAGGAAGCCCUCCCAUUUGCACCCUGGGGCCUGGGCUCGCCUCUCCGUGCCUGCGGCUCCCCAGCACCUGGGUGGGGCUGUGGCCCCAGCUGGGCCCCAGACCCGUCCCCCUCCACACUCUAGCUGCUGGCUCCAGGGUGGAGACUCAAAACCUGUUUCCUUCUGAGCAACCACCUCCACGGGCCCACGGGGGACCGCUCUCUCUCAUCCCCAGGCCCCUCAGGACCCCAGGGAAGGAGGGUCUCCCACCCGAAGUCCCCCUGAGCCCCACGUGCUGGCGUUGGGCACUCAACACCGAGCGUGGGUGCCCGCACCCACCGCCCCUUCGCCCCUUGUAGCCUCCCCGCCCCCGCCCACCCCCUUGAUGCUGCGCGGGCCGCCCCGCGGGGCUCGGGGCUCAGCAGCGAGUACUGUGUUCUGUCCCCAGUGAAGCCCCGUUUCCGUAGUCCGGCUCUGCGAGGAGCCGGGGCUGCCCCGCCACCCACCACCCCAGGCUUCCUGACUCCAUUAGUCCAACACUUGUGAAACUCCGAGAAGUGCUGUGGUCUCAGCAACGCACCUGUUUUGUACAUGAUUGUGUAAUUUAAAGGUGUAUAAAUGCAGAUAUAUAUAUAUAUAUAAGUUGUGAUUGUACAACUGUGGAUAAAAUCCAGAACUGUGUCAACCUGGCUGGACGUGUGUCCUCUUGUGUGUGUCUCCAGCUCUUGUGAGUCCUCUACAGUUGGAGUCUGUUGGGGAGGCGGUGUCCCAGGGUGCUAUCCUGGGGGACCGCCAAGGGCGGGGGGCCCCGGGGCCCGUCCAUGCAGAGGAGCUCACCCCGGAUGCUCUCUGAGGCACCAAGACUGUGGCCUUUAGGGUCCUGGGCACCUGGUGAUGAGCACUGGCCAGGAGAGCUGGGGCAUCUGGGGUCCCAAACUUAGGGUUCAAGGGUGAAUUUGACUCCCAAGUAGGUUCAAUUUUUGAAGUGAAAUUCUAAAAGUGACUCCGGAGGCCUGUGGCUCGUGGCUGUCCACAGUCCCAGGCUCCCUGUGGUGUGAUAUCAGGUCAUGCCACACCUUCCUGCCUGACCUCGGAUAGCAUUUCUGUGUGGGACUCCUCCGGGGGCCGGACUGGGGCUCUGGGCUCCUAACUCUGUCCCAUCUUCAGCUCCAGGCCCGACCCCUGCUUCAGCCUCCCCCACUCCACCCAGAUCCCCUCUGGGUCAGGCAGGAGUCCCAGGUCGAGUCCCAGUCCUGCCGUCGGUUCACCGUGUCCCGGUCACCACUCUGGGCCUUACCCCCCAUCUGGUUAGCUGUCUCUCUGAGGCCCUUCUGGCCCCGACAGCCUGUCAAGGUCCCAACACAAAACCAUCAUUCAAGGCAAAUACACUACAGGCCCGUCGCCCCCCACUGCUUUCCCCAGCCUCAGGGCAUGCUCAUUUGACCUGGGGACAUUAUCUGCUUCUCCCCCAUAUUCUUCAUCCCCAGACCCACCUCCAGGGACACACCCCUGGUUUGAGUUGAACAGAAGACUCUUCAAAUAAAGGCACAAGCUGACCUCAUCACAUUUGGACAGCCUGUUCCAUGCGGAGCCCUGGAGGCGGGCUCCCCUGAAGACGGUCAGGGAGGAGGACCUAGGCUAGAUGGGGCUCUGACAGGCAGUGUGUGCAGGAGGAGGAGGCUUCUGGAGCUUGCUGCCAGCACACGGGGUGUCACCGGAUGGGUGUGUGCCUGCCAGGGACGUCUGUGCCUCGUGGCAGAUCCACCCAGCAGGGAGCGGCCCCCCGCCCCCCUGCAGCGCCGGGUGCCAUUCUGGAGCAGCUCCAGCUCCCCACUCCUCGCCCUGAUCCCCUUCCCCCCUGCCUCCAGCCCCAGCCUGCGAUCGGAGGCGCUCCAGGCCCUGCUCGGGACCUGAGAGCAGGUGGCUCCAGGGACUCUGGUGGGGGCGGAGGCUGGAGACAAAACCAGUUCAGCAAAGCUGACCUGGGUUCUGGCCGGGGUCCCAGCCCGCCCCCUCCCCAGGGGUGGGCAGACAGCAGGGGCCCAGCGAGGCAGCCGCCUGGGGCAGCCCCCCACCCCCGCCUCCUCAGGUGCAGUCCCAGCUGACAUGCCUAGGUGCUGUUUGCUCACUGCCAGGAGUAAACGUUCUUUUGGAGACAAUAAAAUUGCUGGGGGCACAAGGUGCAGUGCAGGGCAGCAUUUAACCCUCACUGGGCUGGGUGCCGCGGGCUGGCUCCUCGUCCUGACUCCUGGGAAGCUAAGCCUUACAGAGGUCAGGGCGCUGGAGGGACGGGAGGCAAGGAGGGGCAGAGAGGGCCCUGUGCUUGCGGGUUCAGUCCCUGGUUCUGCCGCCGAGCGGCCGUGUGACUGAGCGAGCGCUCAACUGCUCUGAGCCUCAGUUUCCUCAGCUGCAAAGUUGCGGGGUGGGGUAACCUCAUAGUUUCUAUUGAGAGUCCCUUGGACUGCAAGGAGAUCCAACCAGUCCAUCCUCAAGGAAAUCAGCCCUGAAUAUUCAUUGGAAGGACUGAUGCUGAAGCUGAAGCUCCAGUACUUUGGCCAGCUGAUGUGAAGAGCUGACUCAUUGGUAAAGACCAUGAUGCUGGGGAAGAUUGAAGGUGGGAGGAGAAGGGGAUGACAGAGGAUGAGAUGGUGGGAUGGCAUCACCGACUCAAUGGACAUGAGUUUGAGCAAGCUCUGGGAGAUGGUGGAGGUCAGGGAAGCCUGGUGUGCUGCGGUUCAUGGGGUCACAAAGAGUCGGACACGACUGAGCGUCUGAACAACAACAACAAACGGCAAAAAAGCAGUCGAAGCACCUAGCCGGCCCUCAGGACACCCAAGCUGGAUGAAUAAACAUGAGGCGGGGUGUGAAAAGGCUGAGAGCCUUUGCCCAGGAGAGGGUUCCAUCUCCCCC